GAAGCAAAUAAUACUAACAUGGUGCGCUUCUACAUGUGGAUUUUUUUGACAGUGUUUCCUUUUAAAGCCGCCGAUUCCAACCUUACACCGAGGGUGAGGCUGACUGAGAGAGAGGUCAACUUCAGGAAAUGGGGCUUGCCUGGGAAUACCGUCCGAACGGAGCUUGUCCAAGGUCCCCAAGGCAACAGCCUUUACAUUGGCGGCCAUGGCAAGCUGUUCUAUGUUGUGUUCGACGGACCCAUUUUUUCUAAGGAGGUGGAUUUCCCCAAAAGAGGGGAUAAAAAGAGUAGCGUGAAUCCAACAGCAUCGAGUACAUGCGGCUAUGACAUCACCACGCUGCUCAGAGCCAAUGACAGCCAUCUGUUUGUGUGUGGAACCAAUGGAUAUCACCCACAGUGUCAUUUUGUGGCCAGAGAUCCAUUUGGCAGUUUCGGCGAAAGUAUUGGGGCUGAAGGAAUUGCCCCAUUCUCUGCGACUGAGCAAGCGCCAUCCAUUUAUGUUGGGAAUGAGCUAUACGCUGCUGUAAAUGGUAACGCCAACGGUAAUUCACUGGCCAUCCGCAGACUCGGGGCCAGGAGCAUCUGGCCAGAUACCAGCAAGAAAGAGCAGAGGUAUGUGAGCAUGGUGCUGAGCGGACCCAGAGAGGACCCAGUGCAGGACAGGGUCUACACCUUCCUGGUGGAGAGGAAUUCGGAUAAACACCCAGAAGCAGGCAUCUGGACAUCGUGGGUCACCCAGGUCUGCACGGCGGACAUCGGGGGGACCAAAUCGAUUUUGCAGAAGAGCUGGACCUCCCGCUUGAGCGCCCGUCUGUCCUGUGGAAUCCGUGAGAAGAAGAUGUACUUUAACCAGCUGGUGGACGUGGCUGUUCUGCAGGCUAAGAGAUGGAAUGACAGCAUGGUGUACGCACUCUUCAACAACAGCUGGGGCAUGAGUGCGGUGUGUGUGUACACCAUGGGCGACAUUGACCGCGUCUUCACGACCUCCAAGUUCAAAGGGUACAGUAGCCCUCUGCCCAGCCGAAGGCCUGGAGUGUGCGUCAGCGACAGCACAAAGCUGCCCCCAGAAGUGCUGAGGCUGAUCAAAGACCACCCGGAGAUGGAGAGCCCGGUGCAGCCCGUCAGAGGCGGGGGCCCCCUCAUGGUCAGCCACCGCUACUACAGGCAUAUCCGGGUGGACGGGGUCACAGGCAGUGACGGCAGGCAGCACCGCGUUCUCUUCUUGUCCCUGGAGAGUGGUGGAGUGCACAAGGUCCUGGACCGCGACGGAGAGGCCUUCAUCAUCGCCGAGCUGCAGCCCUUCCCAAACAAGACUCGCAUCCUGAACAUGCUGCUGCAGUCCUCCCAGAGGAAGCUGUAUGUGGCCUCCAGCAGCGAGGUGGUGGAGGUGGACCUGGAGAGCUGCCAGAGCUAUGGUGACCAGUGUGUGGCCUGCAUCCAGGCCAGAGACCCCUACUGCAGCUGGGAUGGGACCCAAUGCACUUCAGCCUCUAGCAGAGGAAUUCAGGAUGUGGAUCAUGGAAGUCAUACAAUGUGCACAAAUACAGAUGGAAUGGCAAGUGCCUCACGAAAUAAGGUCCAGAAAGUCUUACCUCGGUCCAAGUUUUUCCUGCAGUGCCUCAUGUUCUCCAGCCACGCCCAGUACGUGUGGGAACACAAUGGUGUUGCGAGGGAGUGCAUGCAUGCUGAGGGCAGCUGUCUGCUGCUGAUCAACAGCAUGGGCCCAAAGGACGAUGGAAGCUAUGAGUGUGUAGCCUCAGAGGGGGGCUACUCCAGGACAGUGGCGGCAUAUUACCUGGAGACGGAGAGCGGGGCUGGGGCCCUGGUGGCGUCCCCCCUGGCCUCGGCCUGCCUCCUGCUGCUGCUGGCGCUGCUUGGCUAGGCCCCGUCCCGUCCCGCACGCCUCCGACACACCUGCAGGCACCAGCCCUCCACCUGAGGGAAUUGAGUGGCUGAACCCAGGCAAUGACCAGCGCCCCGUCGAGCACGUUCCUACCGAAGACACACCGAACGUAGUGUUGCUCACACCUUGCAUGGCAGGCAUGCAUCUUUACUAUAGACAGAAUGCGCUAGUCUUUCCUCCAGGGUAUGGAUUAAUUGAAAUUCUAGAGCUUGAAUUAAUUGAAAUUUAGGUAAUUAAUUUUGAAAUGCUGGAAUGAAAUUACAAUUAGGCAUUAUGCAAGCAGGCAUGGCCAAGGAUGCAACCCCCAGAACAGUGGUAAUUUUAACAGUGUUGAUUUUUGUCCACGUACUGCUGUGACGGACAUUCAUGUGUUGUGCUUUGUAUGUCUUAGACUCGUCUGACCCGUGGUUAUGUGAGAGCUUUAUCAUUUAUGAAGAGAGAAAUCUAAAUUUGAAUUUAAUCCCACCCAGCAACCGACAGACCCUGACAAACAUAUCCACCUCCCACGACUUCAUCCAUUGUGAAAGUGAACCAGAACUUUUCCAAUUAGUCACUUCUCAGGGAAUAACGACAGAGAAUGUAACUGAAUGCACUUUUCAUGCUACUGAACAGGUAUGGCAGUGGUGUUGUACUAAGUUAAGAGUUAAGAGUUAGAUUAUGUUAAAUGGGGAUGAAAGAUGAUAGUUUGGAUGUUUGUGUUGUAUGGUAAAAGUGGAUGAGGUAUGCAGGCGUAUACAUUUGUGUGCAUGUAUUUAUAUCGUGUAUUUGGUUGCAAAAGGAGUAUGCUUGUUUGCAUGUCUGAGGCUUAGUACAAAUGAGUUGUCUUUAAACAGUGUAUAAUCUAGUAGUGAAAU